GCGACCGCACAGCCUCUUGCUGCAUACACCUAGAUGAAGCGGCCGCCUAUGGAUCCCGCUCUCCUCCAGGAUACAAACAAAAGGGAAGCCGUCCGACUUCGCCUGUCUUUCCCAGACGCAAACACCCACCAACACGUCGGUCCCUUUCAGUCCGUGCCGACCCCUCGCUCCUCUUCCUCUUCGUCGCAUGUGAGCACGCUCCAUCUUUAGCGGGAGCGGUAGAGGGAUCGGUGUUUGGCGACUGCUCUUCGGCUCAAGGGGGGAGAAGAGUGCCAGAUGGCCGUUUGAAGACAGGCUCAGUCAGGCUGCUGCUCGAUGGCCGACGGUGACUGCUUGCCGCGAGGUACAGGACUGCUGUUCAUCAUGUGAUCCGACUCCCACGCCAUCGUUUCCUUCGCUCUACCUUAAAGAGGAGGAUCAUGAACCGCCGCCUAAGCAGCUCCACCCGUUCCCACACCGAAGACUCCAUCUUCCUGAGGCCAGAUGAAGACCCCGUUUGGCUGGAUGAGCCCACAAAGAUCGGAAAAACAACCAAAGGAGCCUCUAAGAAAGAUGAGCUGCUACGACGCAAAGGGGGUCAAAGUUCCCAAGGAGAAGAAGUUUUUUUGCACAAAGUGUACACGCUGGUGAUAGAGUUCCACUACUGGGCAGCCCUUCUUGUCAUCUCCCAAGUCACGGGGUACUGGAUGUUCUUUGUGGUGGAAGGAAAUGGGCCAUUUGCCUCCAUCUAUAAAGCUCUGCAGGUCAUCGACUUCUAUCUGGGUUUUGUUUUACCUUUCCACCCCAUAUUUGGAAUGGACUCCAUGGCGCUGAUGAAGGAUGUGAUCAACACCACGCAGCAAGCUUGGAUCAUCUACGUCACUGCAGGCCUUGGUGUGACCAUCUGUGUUCUUAUGGUCAUGCACAUGGUGAAUAAAUGGCGUUAUGGCGCUGGCUUGUGGUCGUCGGACACCAUGAUGAGCGACAUCGGAGAUAGACGUCAGAGUGUGAGCCGCCAGCCCUCCUUCACCCUGUCAGAGUGGACGGACGCCCAGGAGGACCUGAUGGACUUGGACCCUGUGCCUCAGACUCCAGUCUUCGAAAUGGGAAGUGACAACAAGCCGGAAGGAGACGCCACCACGCUGACUGUAACACCAGUGGGUCUGCAGGAGAGGAGGGGCUCAAAUGUUUCUCUGACCUUGGACAUGUGUACGCCGGGCUGCACGGAGCCUUAUGGCUAUGGAGCCCAGCUAUCCCCCACAGAUCAGUCAGCCCAGGACUACCUCCGGCAGGGAACACACGUCCUAACCCCCGCCAUGCUGCACACACGGGCCAUGGAUGACCAGAGCCUGCAGGCUGAGUUUUAUGAAACCCCAAUGAACUUUGUGGACCCGAAGGAGUACAACUACCCAGGGCUCGUAAGAAAGAACCGCUAUAAAACCAUCUUACCCAACACACACAGCAGAGUAAUCCUAAAGUCCCAGGAUGAAGACGAUUUCCUCACAACGUACAUCAAUGCCAAUUAUCUCAAAGGUUAUGGGGGUGAAGAGCGUGCAUAUAUCGCUACCCAAGGUCCAACGGUGAACACAGUAGGGGACUUCUGGAGGAUGGUGUGGCAAGAGAGGACCCCGAUUGUUGUAAUGAUUACUAACUUGGAAGAGAAAAAUGAAAAGUGUGCCGAGUACUGGCCUGAGGACACUGUGACCCAUGAGGGGAUCGAAAUCACCGUUGUGACGGUAACACAGGAGGACGACUACAGUCUGAGGGUUUUUACUUUGAAGAGUGGAAAUGAGGACAGGAGUUUGCGACAGUAUUGGUACACCUCAUGGCCGGACCAGAAGACUCCAGACAAAGCUCCGCCUCUUUUGGAACUGGUACAGGAAGUAGAAAGAGCCAGAGAGGAGGCACCGCCCACCAGUGGCCCUGUAAUUGUACACUGCAGUGCUGGAAUUGGUCGGACUGGCUGUUUCAUUGCCACCUCCAUUCUGUGCAAGCAGUUAAGGAUGGAGGGUACGGUUGACAUACUGGGGACAACCUGCCAACUACGUCUGGACAGGGGUGGGAUGAUCCAGACGUGCGAGCAGUACCAGUUUGUGCAUCACGUCCUCAGCCUGUACGAGAAGCAGCUGUCUCACGCCUCUGAAGAGUAGUGCGUGCACGUCGGCCACGCCCUCACCGAGACACACCACUGUACGCUGUACCGCCUCUGGUGGUACGCGCCACUGUACCCAGCACCAUUUCAGUGUCACCCUUUAAACACGGUCAACGCCACAUCUUUACUUUUGACAACUCCACGCGUGAAGGGAACUGUGAACGUAUCGUUAUUCACACGGGCCUCGAAAUAAAGUCAGCAUGUAAACUGAUAUCACUGAUAGACACGGUCUAAUAAUGCCUUCAACAAUCCUACGCCCCUCUCAAAUCUUGUUAUUUGCACGUUUCUCUCAUUUUAGCUGCACAUGACUUGUACCCAAAGGUUUGAUUACAUUUACACUGGGAGUUUUCAAAGUUGGAUACUUUUAACUGGAUUGAAUGAUAACACAUUUAAAAAAUUGCAGUAUAAAAUAGACAUUUUGAAGAUUCAACAGAGAUAAAACAAAAUAUUUGCAAAAUGAGAGGUUAUAAAUGAUUAUGAAGGUGAAUUCCUUGCGCUACCCUGUGCAGCACACAGUAUUAAUUUUUAUUAUUCAAUGAACAAGUACGGUGGCUGAAAGGGGCAAACGUUCAGCAACAUUAAAUUAACACAUAAACCCUUAAAACACGGAGAAAACACAACUCAUUAAAUCAAUAAUAUUCUUUAAAAAAAGUCUUUUUUAAUUACAGAGAACGUACCUUUCACUCCGUAUUCUCAUGUCCAGGUGUUACAUCUUGUUUUAUCAUCACAUUUCUGAGUUUUAUUUUGAAGGAUGACAUUAAGUUGCAAUUGCAGUUGCAAGUCCUAGACGUUAGAUGGCAGUAGUGUAUUGUGGCUAGGCAGUUCAGUCUCUGCUGAAUCUGGUCUUUUAUUGCGCCCUAAAAGGUGUUUGUACUGUAAGUAUUGUACUUCCAGUAUUACGCACCAGCUGUUCGAAUGUAACAUGCAUCUUAGUUGUAGUUUUCAUUAACAAGUUUGGAGGUAUUGAAAUCGCCAUGUAAAAUCACUAAUGUUAAUCAGUAGCAUGCCAAAAGCAAAGCCAACGUAAAAUAGCAUCAAGCUAGCUCAUUUUUAGAAAAGUGGAGCUUACUUUACGAGUGUUUUUUGGGGUCAUUAUAUAUUUUGGCAUUAAAAAGUGCAACAUUACCUUAAGGUAGUUUGGCUGUGUCCGCUCUCACUGCUGACUUCACGUGCAACCCAGACAUUGUUGGAUUUUACAUGAAUCGGUGCCCAAUAGGACCGGCAGUAUUUGGUACCCAUCCCUACUGGUAGGGCUUACCCAAAGAUAAAAAUACAUAGAUGCCACCUUCAGGUUUUGUCAGACACGUCAACAUGGGGUUUGGUCAGACCGAUCACAGACUGGCACCAAAUGUUUUAUUGUUAAAAGACCUCUGUCUGAUUUGACUAGUACAGUAAAUAGACACCGCUUCCCCCUGCUCAAGAUGGCAGCCCGGUUGACGCACCGUUCCAAUGGACAAUAACCUAUUCAGAAAACGGAUCUUUUCACUUAGCCAACUUUUUUCUUGGAAUCCCGCUUAUGUAUUUUUGUAUUUGUAUCCUUUUUAGACCUGAUAUCACUGGUAGGGUAUACACAUAGACAUAAAUACAUAGAUGCCACCUUCAGGCUUGUCAGGCACGUCAACACAGCCGCCAUCUUGAGCAGGGGUUUGGUCAGACGGACCAGACAGUUGUGCAUCUGGCACCAAAUGUUUUAUUCUUGAUAGACCUCUGUCUGAGUUGACUAAUGCAUUAAAUAGUGGUCAGACCAACCAGACAGUUGUGCAUCUGACUGGCACCAAAUGUUUUAUUCUUGAUAGACCUCUGUCUGAGUUGACUAAUACAUUAAAUAGACACAUAGACCUGCCAUUUACAUAUUUAUAUCUUCGUAGUCCUGUCGACCACCGUAAACAAGAACUUGAUUAAACGACAAAUAAAUUCAUAUCGAUGAUAAAAUGGUUUGUAUGACGCUCAACAAGUUUUGCUAUUAAAAGUGUCCUAACUUUGAAGCUUUCCAAAAUUCCUUCCCAUGGAAAGUUUCCAACAUUGAAUUUCUCUUAAAGAUUAAAAAAGUAUUAAUUUACAUGUUUCUACACUUUGACUCUUAUGGCUCUGAUACUAACCCCGGAGCCAGAAAAUAGCAGGUGGACUUUGUACCCUGUUUUGUCUGGGCUAAAGAACCCUAACAGAUAGCAGCUUCAUUUUCUCCUAGUUUGCAUUAGGAACCUCCUGAGACCCAGAAGUGAAUUUUUGUCUUCUGUACGGGACAAGCAUUUCACAGCUUUAUUUCAAACAAGAUAAAAAUAAGCUACCUGUCAAUCCUCCGUUGGUCAGUUGUCGUGUUUUUAAGGGUAGAAAUUGAAAGGUUUAUUGACAGUGUUAGGAGGCUUUGUUGACAUACAGUCAUUUUUAAAACACUUUAAAAGAUUUGUCAAUGUCCUCUGUUGUGGACAUGACAACUUCCAGUACUAUUGCUACAUUUUUUAAAUAUAAAAUGAUGAGGCUGAUUAAUGCCGGGCAGUUAUUGCAGCAUCAUUGGUAAUAAGCAUUUAUGUCAGUCCUCAUUGUUUUCCUCAGAAACUACUACUGUUUUCCUUUCCCAUGUACAUACAGUAGAUUCCCGUGAAUUUCCCAGAUCUUAACUUUCAUAGUACAAAAAAAAACAUAAUCUGGCGGUAUCCGUACUUGAGCCACAGCAAUCUGUGAAGACAAUGAUGGAGCAAAUUGGCAGUGACUGUAAAAGUUAGAAGCGUUCACUGUAAAAAAACAAAAAAACAACCUCAGUUUCUGUCGCCAUAAAUUUACUGUAAAAAUAACAGAGGAAGUGUUUUUCCAUUCACAGUAAUUUUGUGGAAAAACAAUGAGAUUUUAUGAUUUUUUUAAAAUACAACAGUACGCAGAAUUUUUGUAAAAAUAAAAAUGGUAAAAAUAAUGACCACAGAUUUAACGAUCAAAAACUGGAAGCUCAGUAACCAUAAUUCUAAAGUAUAAAUGACAGUCAAAGUAACUCUGUUUAAAACCCACCGUCAAUUUUCACGGUUAAACUCUGACGACUGAGUUGCCAGUUUUUGUACUUCAGAAUUUUUUUUACAAACAGUGUUGCUCUUCAAAAUAUUUCGAAAAAUAUACCCUGUUUUUGAAUGCAAAUGUUGACGGGAAUGAUGAUCGGACUGAAAAAGUGAGGCCAUAAAAAGUAAUAAAUCCUCAAAAAGUCCAAAUGACAGGUUUCAAAUGGUGUCCCCAUAUCCAAUGUUAAUAUCGUUAUAAAAAUGUAAUGUGAAAAAUAUAAGAAAGAUAAUAAUCCAGUUGUCACCAGAUACCGUCAUUUUCUCACAUACCCAAACUCUGUGCCAUUCAAGAUAACUCAGUAUAAUUAUUUAUUACAAAAACUCAACUUUUAAUUUUCUGGGUCUCAAGAGGUUAAGUUCUAAACAACAACAACCACAACCUAAUACAGCAUGUUUAACCACAUUCAAUUGACAUUGUGAUUUUCACCACUCUCUCACUAUUUAUAUUUUCAAAAGGUCUGUUCUUACACGUGAUGCAUUCAGGAGCCCCUUCAUCUUCAGGUUGCAUGGUGCUAAGUGUUCCUUAAAGGCAUGUGCAAUGUUACGGAACAUAGGAAUGUAAAGCAGUUAGGUUAUUAUUUACAAGUAAACUAUAUAAUUUAUAUACCAUGCUGCCUGUGCAGUUGUCAUGGCUCAUGAUGUUUACAAUCAACUCCUUCCUGUGUUAAGGCCACAUAGACCAGCAAAGGCUUCACAGAGCCAGCAAGAUGUGGAUAUUGGAGCUGAACUUCAAAAUAAUUGAUGUCAUGUUCUCAUGAUCUUGUAAAUGUCCAGUAU